AGCAAGGCAAGUUCGCAGUUCUCUUGUCAAAUCGAUCGCAGCUCGGGAGGAGUGUGCGAGGCGCAGUUAUCAUCGCAGACUUCCUCAUCACUCACAGUCCCAGCGGUUCUGCAGGAAGACAGCCGUUAAUAACCUAACAAGCAUGCGUGGAACAUUAUAAGGCCAUUAGUCUACUAACCUCCAUAUGGAUUUACGCACUUCUUUUCUGAGAUUCAAUCGCUGACGGUGCUUUUCGCUUUUUCUUUUUCGUCCUCUCUCGUUCAUCCCGUCGGUGAUGUUUGGUGAAGAGAUUCGCAAAAUAAUGGGCAAAUUCGGUUCAUGAACUCCCCGUUUCGCUCUGCGUGUGAUGGACAGGCGGCGAUCGAGUUCGAGCUUGGCUGGAGUUAGAAGAAAGUGAGCUCGUUUAAAACAAACAUCUGUCUUCAGACUCCUGUCACAUUUGAAGCAAGGAGAAUGCCCUCGCUUUCAUAAACGGAGGAUCUGGACAUUGUUUGAGGAAGAAGGUGAAGACAUAGGAGGAGAAAUGGCUGGCUUGCAGGGAAGAGAGUGAUCAGAGAACAGGAAAGAAAGAUGCAGCUGUGGGGGCGGUCAGUGUGGUCCUUGCAGGUCGCACUCUUCGUCACCUUGGUAAUGUGCUCAUGCCGGGCGGCUUCUGCUGGGACACGAAGUCUGCGGGGACACACAGCUUCGUAUCAGGUGAAGCAGGGAACCUGUGAGGUGGUGGCCAUCCACCGGUGCUGUAAUAAGAACAAGAUUGAGGAACGUUCACAGACUGUCAAGUGCUCCUGUUUCCCUGGUCAGGUGGCUGGCACGACGCGGGCACAGCCGUCUUGUGUGGAGGCUUCCAUCGUGCUGCAGAAGUGGUGGUGCCAAAUGCAUCCAUGUAUGGACGGCGAGGAGUGUAAAGUUCUUCCGGACCUGACUGGUUGGUCCUGCAGCACUGGUAACAAAGUCAAAACCACCAAGGUCACACGAUAGCAAGAACAUGGCUGCCUUACCAAGAGGCCCAAGACGCCUCAACAACCCCUAAUGGAAAAUAUCUUGUUAAAGACACUGACAUUAAGGAUGAUUCCAUACAAGCGAAAGACAGACAAACUUAUAGUAGACUAUAGUUGGCUGCCUUGUCUUUUGAAGGAUCUCUAUAUAAACCUGAGGUUCGACUGAAGAUGCUGGACACACAGGUGCUCAUGUACUGUAUCCAUCAGCUGAAAGUGAAUUUCUGGAUUUCCAUCGGCUCUAGUGUGUAUGUGUGUGCAUGUGUGAGAGAGAUUAUUGUAUGUGGGACUUAAAGGACAAACUACGGACAGUUCAGACCUGUCUGGGAGCUUGUGUGUCUAGUGUGCAAGUUAGUCAGGUUGAUGAUGAUGAGACAGUAGUUUAACACUGUUUAUCUGCUUUUCAGCACACAGCGAACUUUAUAUUCAUGAGAAGGGAGAAGAUUGCUCUGAAUGUGCAAUUCACAAAUUAUUGUCAAUUUGCUCCUCUUGGUCAGGUCAUUACCCUGGAAAUGUCAAAUGGUUAGUUCACACAAAUAUGAAAAUUCUGUCAUUAAUUACUCAUCCUCGUGUCAUUUCAAAACUGUAAGACUUUUGCUAAUCUUUGGAACACAAAUUAAGAAAUUUGAGAGCUUUUGUUCCUCCAUUGACAGCUACGCAGCUGACACGUUAACACUUCAAAAAGUUCAUAAAGAGCUAAUCUAUAUUAAUUGAGCGGUUCACUUUAUAUAAUAAACAGAUUGAAUUUACUCUUUUAUUUACAUAUCAGCAAACAUAAACAGAAGCUUGAUCACAUGAGAAUGAAU